CCUAGCCGGAGUUGUCAGACGCCCGCCUCAGAUCUUCAUGGUCGAUUAAUUUCAGGAAUUUCUCUUGUUUCUAGAAACGUUAUUUUAGUAUGUAUAUUCGCGCACAUGUAUUAGGCUAUAGAGAUGUUUACGAUGUAGCCUAACAUAUGCUGGUUUCAAGGUAACCUAAUAGCGUUUAUCUAGAACACACACACAGAGAGAAAUACAGAACGAAACGAGGAAGGAGCCACGCGCUCGGAUGGAGUUGCUUGCUUUAGCAGAACCAACAGUGGAGUCGACCAUGGAGAUGGAAGAGGACAUGACAGUGAACACGACAGUGAAACAAUCGACAGUCGAUAAAAUAACCUUUCUGGACUCUGAGUUCCGUUACACCCUCUUCCCAGUGUUUUACGGUGUUGUGUUCGCCCUUGGUCUGAUAGCCAACAGUUACGUGCUGUUCGUGCUGCAGCGCCUGCGCCACGCCAAGGCCAUGAGCGAGAUCCGCAUCUACAUGGCCAACCUGACUGUUGCCGACCUCCUCUUCGUGUGCGCCCUCCCCUUCUGGAUUGGCUACUACCACCACCGCGGUGACUGGCGCUACGGCGACUUCCUGUGCCGCGUCACCGGCGCGUUCUUCUUCAUCAACACCUACUGCUCCAUCCUCUUCCUCGCCGCCAUCAGCGUCAACCGUUACUGGGCCAUCACGCGCCCGCUUGAUGCCGCCUCGUCUGACCAUUGGCGCCGCGGAGUGGCUGUCACCAUGGUAAUCUGGGCGCUCACUCUGUCCAUGUCCGUGCCGUACCUCUUGGAGACGGGCAUCCAGGUGGACGACGGAAACGUGUCGCGCUGCUUUGAGGGCUACCACAACAAGACUGACGACGAGAAGCGGACUGUGGCCACCACCCACCUCAUCAUCGUGGGGUGCUUCGUCUUGGUCUUCUUCCUCGUAGUAGUCUGUAACCUGCUCAUCGCCCGUGCCCUGCUCACACAGUCCCCUACCCAGACUCGGGGCUCCAGUUCAUCYCAGCUCCGGGGGGUUAAGGGCCAGGCCCUGCAUAUGCUGUGUGCCGUGGUGGGGGUGUUCGUGGUGUGCUUCCUCCCCCACCACGUGGUCCAGGGCCCCUGGACUCUGGCUGUACUGGAGAUCAAGGAGGGCUGGGGCAGAAUGGACUGGGGCCAGCGGACCAGGCAGUGGCUUAACGAUGCCCACCAGGUCACCUUGAUGCUGAUGGGGCUCAACUGCCUCCUGGACCCUGUAGUGUACUGCUUCGCCACCAGGAAGUUCCGCCUCUACAUCAAGGACCAUCUGAAAAAGGUGGGGAGGGGGAAAGGAUGCUCGGAAACAGCCAUCACACACAUUUCUAUGGUGGAGUGCAAGAAUGUGAGCCAGCGGCUCCAUAGCGAACAGAAGCAGCUCAAGGUUUAAAUCUCUAGAUGACAUUGUAUUGUAGAUAUUGUGUCUAAUGCUAAUGCUGACUGUUGUUAGUGACCACAUCCUCAGGAUGCUUCAUUCCAUCACACCCACACCUAACAAGGCACACACAGUGCAGAACAUGCACUCUGCUAUGUAGCCUCAUGUUCAUUCAGACACAUUCACAUGAACAGAUGCACCACCACACAGCCCCACCCAGAGUAUGGUUCCCCUCUAGAUGUCUUCCCUGUAGGGAUUUGUCUUGGCCACUGUGCCAGCUAUAAUCAGUGCUUUAAAAUCUUUGGACCAUUGAUUCUUUGGUUUCACAUUUCAGUUGUACUGUACAUUUUAUCUCACAAUGUAUCUUACACUUUAUAGUGACUUCAAUUUCAUCACAUCUGUUUCUUCCUGUUCUUCUAGUGUAAUCAGAGGAGUGUAAUCAGAGAAGAAAAGCAGACGUUUUAUAGGGAACAGGAGCUUCUAUAAAGGAUUGCAAAAUAGCUCUACAAACUCAGUCCCAAGCCACUAGACUAGAUGCUUAGAUAAAAUGGAUAUCAAAUUACAUUUUAAAUAUCACAUGCGCCAAAUACAACAGUGAAUUGCUUACUUACAAGCCCUUAACCAACAAUAUUCCUAUCACUGUUGGAGCCUUCUAAAUUGGGUGCUGAACAAUAGCUGGUCGUGAGCUAGGAAUAAAAAAAUCCUUGGUCUUGAGCAACUAAUAUGGACAUAUAUUCACACGUAAAAAUAAGGUUUUCAGGAUGCUGGCUGUCCGUAAAGUUAAAGCAUUUUGUGAUAAGCUAACCUUUGAAAUGAAGUGAAACUGUAAUUGCCAAACGAGCUAUGCAGGAUGUGUUGAUUUUAGCCUACAGAUUAUUUUAGCCUACUCUCACGUGGUACGAUGUGGAAUUGUGUACCUUUUGCAAUUUUUGUAAGAUUGCAAAAGAAAUACUGUGAGGCAAGAAGUACUUUCGGUCACACUUUCUUUGGACAGUCUGGAUAACCCAUCUAGAGAUUCUGUACAUACUAUGAAUAAGUUAUCUGUUGAUAAGAAAUUGCUUGCUAAGGUUACGCUUAUGGUUAGAAUAAGUGUUAGCUUAAGGGUUAAGGUUAGGAUAAGGGUUAUGUUUAAGAUUAGGGUUAAGUGCUAGUGGAUAGUUGAAAUGUUAGUGAUAUUAUUGUUACAGCUACUUAUUGCACAGAAUGAGGGAAUAAUAAGCUUCACUGCCCUUUUUAAGAGGCUGGUAACCAUGUGRUGAACUUGAUGACUUCUCAACUGCCAGCUACUGAAGUAUUAACAGAGACGUGUGGGUUAUGAAGUUAAUAGACCUCUGUUAUAAAUGUUGCAGUAACUGUAACUCUGUGUAUGUGAUGCAUUUAAAACAUAUUGUGUAAUA